AUGUAUCAAACGAGCAGAUCAGGAUGGAGCGAGUGGUCUCAAUGGAUCUGGAAUACAGACUAUCAGCAGUACUACCGCCAGCGAGUAGAUAUUUCAGGCAACGCGGAUGUACAAUGGCAGAGCGAAUAUGAGGCUGCUCAGAACAAUCAGACACCCCGAACCCCAGUGGAGCAGAUGACACAGCAGUUCGGGGCUGUCAACAUACGGAGUCCUGAACAAACGGGUGGAGAUGAACAAAAUAAUGAUGAUUACACUGUUACGAGCUCGUCAUCGAAGGUGAAAUCCAGAUCCUCAAGAUCGCACGGCAGUUCCUCGAAAUCAAAAUCAAAAUCAUCCAAAACUUCAACUGGGAAGGGAAAAGCGCCUGUACAAGAAGACAUCCCCGAGGACGAUGGACAAGAUUAUGACGAUCGCUAUGCCCAACGCAAAGCAUCCAACUCGCAAGACGAGAUGUACUACGACGAGACUACUGGACAGUACCAUGCGUAUCCACAAACUGCACAAGUGUCUACUCCAACACAACCAUAUGCAGAUGAUUCAGGAGAAUAUGAGGAUCCAGUACUUCAGGAUGCUCUUGCUCAAAGCAAACAAUAUACACGUGAUCGAUAUGGAAAUGGCGAGCCUUCGUCUACAACUUACGCUGCAUACACACAAGAUGACGAAGAUGAAGCGGGGCCUGUAGUGCCUACAGGAAACCAAGAGCACAUCAUAGGCACUGGUGGUGAAUCGGAAACCCUAGAUCCACGAUAUACCGUUGCACCUUCUCACAUGUUUCAACCUGGAGAGGUUUUCAAGGUGCUGUGGCCAGAGCCAGCAGGAGGGGGAAGUAUUGUGGAGGAAACGGUGUAUCGAGACCAAUACGGCGGUCGGAUAUUCGUUCACUUUCGCCGAUUUAUUGUUGUUGCUAAUGACCUUGGGCAUUGCACUUGCAUUCCAAUUUCUACCUACGGUAAAAAGGGUUGCAAAAAGAGUGGUGUCAAGGCCGAGCAACAUGGCAUUGUCGCUGAAAGUAGCAAUCGAAGCCCGCUCCCUCUGAGCAAUGAGCCUAAGCUUGGGUUUCCCCCGGUUCGUGUGCAUAUUUACGAGCAAGGCGAACGUAUCUCAAAGGAGUCACGAGUUAACUACUCGAAACUCACGACUGUGGAGCAUAACGUCAAGGUGCUCUUCAUUGGUCGUGUAGUAGGCUCAGAUUGGGAUGUCGUUACCGAGGCUGUUAACACCAGUUGGGCGAACAAGAUGCACACGCACAAGAAGAAGCACCGCAGAGCUGCCAGCCACUCUGACAUGCUCUUGCGAAACUCGUCUCAAAAGCUUUGUUAUAGCGAGACAGCUGCGGCUUUGGUCUACAGCUGA